GUAAGGAAAUAUUUGGAACCGAACGACGCGUUUAGUCCCAAAUACCAAAUUUUCUCAAAUAUCUUACUUUGGUUGGGUCCCUUCCUCCCUCCCCUCUCUCUGUUUUUUUCUUCUUGAUUAGGUUGAGCUUCAAUCGCAGUCUCGCCAUUUCUCCUCCAAUUUUCUACUGCCAUCAGAGCUUCCACACUUGUCGAUUCUUCAAAUUCAGUUUCUUGGUGUCUUUCAAUUGGGCGGUGAAAAGAAAAGAAAAGAAAAGGGAUUUCGUUUCCAUCUCCAUCGGAUCGGAUCUUCAUCCCCAUGUCGAUGCUCGAUUCCUUCUUCAACAAGGGCUUCAAGGCUGCAAAAUGUAAAACCCUGCUCAAAUUGACAAUUCCUCGAAUAAAGCUGCUGAGGAAUCGAAGAGAGAUUCAGCUUAAGCAGAUGCGCCGAGAUAUAGCCAAGCUUCUCGAGACUGGUCAAGAAGCUACUGCUCGCAUUCGGGUAGAGCAUAUAAUCAGAGAAGAAAAUAUGAUGGCUGCUCAGGAAAUUCUUGAGUUGUUUUGCGAGCUUAUCGUCGUUCGCCUUCCAAUUAUUGAAACACAAAGGGAAUGUCCCUUAGACUUGAAAGAAGCAAUCUCUAGUGUGUGUUUUGCUGCUCCAAGGUGUGCAGAUCUUACUGAGCUUCUCCAGGUUCAGCUGCUUUUUGCAGAAAAAUAUGGGAAGAAUUUUGUAUCAGCAGCAACCGAGCUCUUGCCUAACUGUGGUGUUAAUCGCCAGUUGAUAGAGCUGCUUUCUGUUCGUUCUCCUUCACCUGAAAAGAAACUGAAGCUCUUAAAGGAAAUUGCCGAAGAGCACGACUUAGAUUGGGAUCCUGCUGGAACUGAAGCUGAGUUUAACAAAUCUCCAGAAGAUUUGCUUAACGGAUCGGCAAAGUUUAUCAACAUGGAAAGUUUACCCCUUCCCAAAGAGAAACACGGCGAAACACAUAAUGCGGCAAAGUUUAUCACCAUGGAAAGUUUACCCCUUCCAAAAGAGAAACACAAUGAAACGUAUAAUACCGCUCCUAAUUUAGCCACUGUACCACAACCUGAUUCUGAUUCUGAAUUGGACAUGUUAGAUUUUCCUGAAGUUCCAAAAGUAUCAGUAUCUCCACAUCAUACUGUACAUGCGUCUGGCUCUGCAGCAUCACUGAUCCCACCUCCUUCUGCGUCGCCAUGGCCGGAAACUGAUCGUGGUUCAUUGAGAUAUACUGGUAUUCCUGAAAUUCCGCCACAAGAUUUACACUUGAGACAUGAAGAGGGGAUGCCGGUGAGAUCUGUCUCACCUGACAACAAUAAAAUGGAUAUUUCUGUUGGUGAAGAUAAACAGUUUUUGCCUUUUAUUGCUCCCCCAUCAUUUUCAUCUUCAUUUUCUCCGACACAAACUGAUUUGCCGCCACCCUCUGAUUCAAGGACUCCUGAGAAGUUUGAUUUCAAGCCCCGGCUUGAACCGGAGAUAAAUUCACCACCACCCUCUGUUUCAAGGACAAAGAGUGAGGUGACCGUGGAUUUGCACGACGUGUUGGUAGCUGCUCAGGCUGCUGCUGAAACUGCAGAACGUGCUGCAGCUGCAGCUCGCAGUGCAGCUAGUCUUGCAAAGGUUAGAAUCGAUGAGCUCACAAAGAAAAAGAAUGAUCAAGACCAUGAAAUUAGUUGCGAGAAUCCGUUCCACGAAGAUACUGUAAGUCCACCAGAUCGUAAAGAAGCAUUCCAACUAAACCAACAAGAUUCUCUGGGGCAUCAUUCUAGUUCUAUGCCGUAUUAUACACCAGAUUUCCCAGAGCAUCGCCAAGUAAGCCGUGAUUCUGAUGUUUCUGAUCACCACCAGUUCGAGCCGCAGAAAUCAGGUUUCGAUUCCUCUUCCAGCAAUUCACCUUCUGAACACAUAACUGUUCCUCAUCAGCCCCAGAGGCUCCCUUCCAUGGACGACGACCCGUUUUCAUACCCAAACUUGUUUACAGCACAGAAACCAAAUCUGGGAUCUGAUCAUUCAUCUUCUGGUGGUUCCUGAUCUCCGAGUUGAAUAGUAUGCUAUGCCGUCUAAGCUUAAGAGGUUUGGUGGAUUUAUAUUUUUUCAGCUUUCAUUUUCCAGAGCAUUCUGUGUACAAAACAGUAAGAAUAUUAUACAAUUAGAAUUGGUUUCUUUUAAUGUAUAUUUUUGAGGGACUGUAGUUUGUGUUUAUUUCAGAAAGUCACUUUUAGAAUGCAUGCCUGCUUGCUUCUUGCAA